UAUGUUAUUCAUUAACUGACCUUAAUUGACGUAUGUUUCUUAAAAAAAAUAAACACACAUGUUUAAUAGAUUCUACAUGCCCGCAGUCAUUAAAUGUUAGUUCGACCGUUCGUGAUUUCCGGCCACGUUGUAUAAAUUUUCGUGUACAUACGAAAUAACCAGACACAAACAUGGAAAAACAAAUCAGAACGUUGGGUGACGGAAUGGACAACACUUUGAUCAACAGGAAGCCAGUGCUGGGAGUCACUGGCAUAAAAAAUAUUAAAGUGGAUAGCAAUUUGUCUAAAAGUAUAUUAGACUCAUUAAAGCCAAUAGCAAUAGAGCCAGGUACCAAAGUAUCCUAUUUAGUGCCGAAAUAUGUUCCAAAGGAAAGAAAAGUGCCAAAAUAUCUCACCAAGAAACGGAAGGAGCCCAAAUUUGUACCAUAUGAGCCUUAUAAAGCUGCCGUUCAGCCAAUUACUUCAAAUAAAGUGAUAAGUAAGACAUUUGAGGAACUAAAACCAUCAAAAAACAAUGUUGAAAUUCAACAACUCGUGAAUCAAAUGUCAGAGAUAAGGGAGUUUGAACUAAAUAAAACAAACAUUGUUAGUCCAAAAGAUGAAGAUCCGUUAAAAUUAAGAUUGCAGUGGGAAAAGGAAAAGGAAGGAUAUGAAAUCGAUAUAAAAAACCUCAGAGAAACAAAUUCUCAUUUGGAAAAUCAACUAAAAUUUCAGGCUCAAGUUAAUAGUGAAUUAAAAACACUUCUGGUGGCAGCUGUUGGUGAAGAUUUGGAAAGUAGAGUGCAGCAUCUAACCGAAGACAAGCUUUCCCUAGCAAGAGCUCUAUUAAAUUCUGCAAAUCAUUUAACGUCCCAUCAGGAGCAGACCGAGUGGCUUUCGGGACAGUGUGAGGUGUGGAGGAGCAAAUUUUUAGCAUCUAGUUUAAUGGUGGAGGAACUAGCCAAAUGGAAAUCAGCUCUUGCAAUCAGAUCGAACGAAUUGCAAGAGGUUCUCAAGUCCCUCUUAGACGAACGUAAGAAAAUACAGAAAAAGAAUAUGAAAACUUUUAGCAAUUUAAAAGUAAUAGCCGAGAAAGUUACAAGUGGUUCGAAGAACGUAGAGUUAAAGUAUGGAAAUAUUAUAGAAGUGGCCAAUGUGAAUCAUGAGUUAACUGAAGGUGUAUUGCAGGCACUGAAUUUGGGAGACGAAGUUAAGAAACCUGGUAUAAGUUCGACUUCGGUGCAAGUAACGGUCGCUGAAAAGACUGCGAUAAAGUUACUGCAAAACCCCGUUACCAUAACUAAUAAGCAGGAUGCCCUUUGCAAUGCCGUCAUGGGGGCCGCAACUUCCUUAGGUGGUAGGCAAAUGUUCUUGCAACACCCUUCCUUGCAUGCUUGUUGUUCCCACUGUAAAGGGGAGGUUUUGAAUAUAUAGCAAUAAUUUAAUUUUU